GCAAUGUAAAGAGAUUAUUUUUGCAAAGUGAGAGCUGAGUUUCACAUCUUGGAUCGACGAACUUUGAAGAAGAGAGAUGCCGAAGAGAACGACACAUACGUAUUCGAGCGAGGACGCGGCGCCCGACGGACCCGACUCUGAUCUCUUCGUUUAUUACUGCAAGCACUGUGGUUCUCAUGUCCUCAUCACCGAUACCCAGUUGCAGAAGAUGCCCAAGAGGAAGACCGACAGAUCGAAUGUACUUGACAAGAAGAAGCACCUUGCUAGGUUAAAUAUCAGCGAGGGAGGAAAAGUUCUAUUGAAACGCGGUGAAGGAAAAAUGGAGAGACAGUUUAGAAUGAACUGUAUCGGUUGUGAGCUUUUUGUUUGUUAUCGUGCUGAAGAGUCUCUGGAAACAACGUCUUUCAUUUACAUUGUUGAUGGAGCACUUAGUGCUGUUGCUGCAGAAACUAAUCCACAGGAUGCACCUGUACCUCCCUGCAUUUCACAACUGGACGGUGGACUUGUUCAGGUUGCAAUAGAAGUGGAAGACCGUGCACAACGUUCAGCAAUCACAAGGGUAAAUGCUGAUGAUGUUCGUGUGACCGUUGCCGCACCAGCAGCUCGUGGGGAAGCUAACAACGAGCUUCUGGAAUUCAUGGGAAGGGUUCUUGGUUUAAGGUUGAGCCAGAUGACUCUCCAAAGAGGUUGGAAUAGCAAAUCAAAACUUCUUGUGGUCGAGGAUUUAUCUGCUAGACAAGUGUAUGAGAAGCUUCUUGAGGCUGUCGUACCGUAAAAUCUGCCGUUUGUGGUUGGUGAACGACAUUAACUGAAAGCUCUGCUACUUGAGAAGAGACCUAGCUACUCUUCUUUGUUUUCAUGCUUAUCCGACCACUACUCUUUCUACAAUCCCUUAUUAUUAUUAUGAUGAAAGUUAUUAUAAUUGUCUUAAGAUUCCUCCGAAGUUGUUUAUCUAUUGGACUAUAUUGAACUAAAAAACAAAAAAAAAAUCACAAAAUUAUAAAAUCGUUGUCACGUUAGUUGUUUUCUUUGGGUCAAA